GUGCCAGUGGCCCACAGGGCCGGGGACCGUGGCAUCCGCUGGAGAAUGCCAGGAAUGCAGAGCAGAGCCUACAGGGAGGGGAGCCCGUGCCGCCGAAUGGAGAAACCUGUUUGAUUCCCCUGAAGGGCGAAACACACCCAAGUCUCCUCCUCAAAACAAGGCUUGGCUUCCCGGAGCCAGCCCUCUCGGCAGGGCUUCUUGGCUUGGAGCAGUCGCAGAAGGGGAAGGUGCUGCUGAGACCAUGAUGUCCCUGGGUGUCACCAAAGGAGGGCUGAUCCCGCCCACGGACGAGGAUCGCCGCAGGAUCAUCCGGCAGAUGAAGGUUCGCACCACGCUGCGAGGGGACAAGAGCUGGAUCCAGCACCACAACUCUGACUCGGACGAGGAGAAGAGCAGCCCCCAGUCUGGACAGGCUGGUGGGGGAUCCCCGGCCCCCAAACCCGCUGCUCCCCAGCAGGACAGGUCCUCUGCCUCCAAGCCCCAGUCCGGAUACCUCAUCAGGGGGGUGUUCACCAGGACCAUCGAUAAGAGCUCGUCCGUGACGGAUUCUUCACCUCCCAAUCAAGCACAGAAAAACACGUUCCUGAAGGGACAGAGCCGCUCCCCCUCCGGAUACAGGAUGACCACAGAGGACUACAAGAAGCUGGCUCCGUACAACGUCCGGCAGAAAUCCGUGGAUGGCGAUGAGGAGGAUGUGCCUUUUUCCCCGGAUGAGCAUAAGAAGAGGACGGAGGCUGCCAACAACGUCCUGCGGCGCUCGGCCGGCCGCGAGCGCGCCUACGUCCUGUCCGCGGCCAAGAAGAGCAACGGCAGCCCGACCCAGGAAUUCCCACCCCUGUUUGCCAAGAGAAUUGAGAUAGAAGAGGAGGAAGGACAGCAGAGGAGGAGUCCAGCUGUGCCGGGUUCAUCCAGGAUUUCACCGGACAGCAGCAGCCCCAAACCAGGCAGCAGGAGCCAAACAUCCCCAUCCCCGAGUGAAACCUCGGGGGAAAUCUCCACUCCUGCUGAAAUCAGGAAUGGUGAGGACAGACAGGCCCCGAAUGGGAAAUUCUCCUUGGAAGCGGUGUCCCAGCCUGGGGAUGGGGACAAAGCUCUGAAGGAAAAGCCUGAGGUGUUGCCAUGGGAUGAGCAGGCCCCCAGGGCCACCGGGGCUUCCACGAAUGGAAGUUUUCCUGAGCACACAGAAGCCAAGAAUGGGUUUUACCCACCCGAGUCCGGCUCUGGUUCCUGGGACAGACCUGGGGAUGCUCCGGAGGAGCUGCUCCGCCAGUCCGAGCCCUCUCCCUGCCAGGGUGACAGCAGGUCUCACUUGCAGCCCGAUGUCCCCUUUCCUCCCACUGAGAGAAGCCCUGUGCACAUCGAGGACACAGAAUAUUCCUUUAAAAGGUCUGUCCUGGGCUAUGAGGAGAGGAGCAGCUCCACGAAACCCGAGGGCCCAGCCCAGCACCAGCCCUACUGGCAUGACACAAGGUUUUUGGACUCAGCCAGCCUCACUGAGAGGGGCCAAGGACUCCCUGGCCGUGACACCCACCCGGAGCCCCCCAGGCUGGAGGAUCCUGCUGAGCCUGGGUCCAGCUCUGUUCCUGGAGGAAGCAGCAUCCCAGCUCCAGACAUUCCACAGGCAAACGAGUCUGACCCACGUGGGGCCAGGAUCACUCUGGACUAUGAGGAACAAACCCUUCCCAGCACAGACAGUCCCCGUGAGAGCCCAGGGGGCUGCAGGCACAGCGAGCCCGCCCCGGUGCCAGCCAGCAGGUCUGACUUCAGCUCCCAGGAGAGUGUCCCCAGUGCCCAGGAGUCCCAGCCCCCCGUGUCCCUGUUCCAGGACCGCCAACCCUUCGGAGGCUCCGUGCCCAGCCACAGGAUUCCGGCCUACGUGGACAGCCAGGUGUUCAGCACCAGGAGCAGGCCCAGCCCGGAUCCCAAAGGGAGCGUUUAUUCCGGGAGCAGCAGCCCCAGGAGCAGCUGGUACGACAGUGCCAGGGGACACGGGGACUUCAGCCCCCCAGCGGCACGCCACGAGUCCCUUCCCAGAGAUCCCACCAUAUCCAUGUCCCAGAGAAGCCACAGGGUGCCGUUCUACAUGGACAGCUUAAACCAUAACAGCUCCAGGCUCCUCUCCAGUUCCAGUGAGAGGCUCUCCAGCUCCCAGCACAGCUCUGUGUACCAGCCUGACUCCAGCACUGCCGGGAGAGGAAUCCUCUUUGUGAAGGAGUACGUGAACACCGGCGGCUUUGCAGCCUCCCCACGCUACGGCAGUGGCAGCCUUGUGGAUUUGAGUGACCAGGAGAGAAGCAGCUACAGCCACCAUAGUUACCUGUCCAGUGCUCCCCUGCACAGGUCCAGUGAGCCCCUGUGCAGUUACUGCAGCCGGGAGAUCCGGGACUGUCCCAAGAUCAUCAUCGAGCACCUGAACAUCCACUGCCACGAGUACUGCUUCAGGUGUGGAAUUUGCCACAAAGCAAUGGGAGAUCUCCUGGAUAAAAUAUUCAUCCACCGGGACAUUGUCCACUGUGACAAGUGCUACGAGAAGCUCUUCUAGGGUCCUGCGGAGCUGGGGAGGCAGCCCGUGCCGGCAGCACGCCUGCGGAUGCAGCAGCUCCUGCCCGGCUAAGAUCGCAGAAUUCCUGCUCCCGCUUCCCUCGAGUUCUUUUCCCUCCCGCUGCCCCGUGGCCGUGAAUGAGUUCAGCACCCGCUGCUCGGUGCUGUCACCCGCACCAGACAAGCGCGAUGGGAAGGCGAUAAGGCGGCCUCAUCCUCAAAGAUAACCUUUUCCAGAGGUGCUGAGCCCCCCAGCCUGGCCUGAGCUGCAUGAAGAUUCCGAGUGCUCCCGGAGCUGGGAGUCAGGCACAGCUCCUCAGGUUUUCCCCAGCUCAUUGCCACGAGUCUCUCCUGAUGCUGUUUGUAUUUCUUUCCCUUGUGCAGCCAGGCUGUGUGAGCUGGCACACAGGCACUGGGAGCCUUAAACACUAAAUCUGGAUUCUUGGGAGGGUUUGAAUUUAGUCCUUAGCAAAAGCCUAUUUCUGCUUCUUUCACCCCCAAAUUCAGCCUAGAAAUAGCUUCUGCCUGAUUUCCAUUUGCUUUCCCCAGGAUUCCAGGAGCACUUGCAAGCUCUAUUCUAAUUGUGUGUCAGCUUUAAUUCCCGUUCCUGCCUCUUCCCUGAGGAUGCUGCAGCAGCACUUGUGGCUGCUGCCUGUUUGGGGAGAUAACGGUGUCCUUCACCUGGUGUUUAACUCGGGCUCUGAGGGCAGGUGUCCUGUGCCAGAGCAGGGACAUCUCCGUUCCCUCUCCUGACAAAGAGCUCUGCUCAGCUGAAAUCCCAAUUCCCCCCUCACCAGGGCUUUGCCCAGACCUUGCAUUGCUGUGAAUUAUUCACAGCCCAAAUGCUUACCAACAGCAUUGAACUUCCAGCAGAUGCUGCACUCAGUAAAAUCAGAAUUGUAUCAUUUUAGCCCUUAACUCAGAGCUGACAGGUUGGGAAUGCUGAAUAGUGAAACCUGAAAGUCAGGUGCCUUAACAAUGUCCAGACUUACUGUUUCCUCAUGGGAAGCAUUAGGAAUCAUAGAACCAUAGACUCCCUGAAUGCUUUGGGUUGGAAGGAGUUAAAAAUUCAUGUAUUCUAAAGUUCAUGGGCAGGGACACCUCCCACUGUCCCAGGCUGCUCCAAGCUCCAUCCAGCCUGGCCUUGGACACGUCCAGGGAUCCAGGGGCAGCCCCAGCUGCUCUGGGCACCCUGUGCCAGGGCCUGCCCACCCUCACAGCCAAGAACUGGUGAAAACCACAUCCACAAGUUCCUUACUGGGACCAGUUCCAGCAGUAGGAAGGACUGGUACAGCCAGGGCUUGUUCCAGCACGGUCAAAGGGGGAUGGUUUCAAGUGCCAAAGCAGAAGGGCCUGUGCCACAGCGCACUUUGAGAUGAUCUUCUGCAGCAAUGAUGUAUUCCCUGAUUGCAGAGCUCCUGAAGUGUCCAUGGCCUCAUGGGGAGCUGGAUUUGUCUGGGUUCUGCACGGUGUCCCCUCAGCUCUGGCUGUCCUGCAGGAACUGUCCCACCUCCGUAACAGCUCCCAUAAACAGCCUCAGCUUGUGUGUCCCUCUCCCCCUGCAUCACCCGCUCCUGCCGUGCCCUCUGAGCUCAGGGGCUGUGUCACCUGUGCUCCUCCAUCCGUGGCCCAUCCCUGAAGUCUCCAAAGGCUUAGCUGGAGGACGAGGCAAUGAGGGAGAGGAGCAGCAGCACCACGCAGACAGGGUGUGCUCAAAGCAGGGCUGGGCUCAGCAAAGGGCUUGGCAAAGCCACAGGCUGACGCUCUGCAGAGAUUUCAGUCUGCUUGUCCUAAACUCCUGUGAUUACCUGAGGAAAAGGGAGUCCUGAUUCCCCCCUGGGCCAUGUUUGAGAGCAGCUCACCGGCGACCUCCUGGCUCUGCACAGCUCCCUGACAGGAGGGGGUUUUCUCCCUUAAAGACAUGUAUCACCCAAAAGGAACCUGCAGCUAUUAUAAAAAUGUUAUGCUUUAUAAUUUGUACUGGCCUGAGCUUUGAAGAAUUGCUGACCUACCCCCCACGAAAAAAACCCAAAUGAAUUAUUCAAAGAGGUGAAUCUUCCUGGUAUUUGUGGAGAAGGGUCACCUGCAGACAGAUUUUUUUUCCUACAUGAUGGAUGAGGUCAUGCAUUUUCUUUCACAGAAAGAUCUUAUUUCUCUUGGGAUUCUGCUGCUUGUGGGGACAAAUCUUGACCAGGUUAUUUCAUGUGAAAUUAAUUAAAUAAAUACACGUAUAUAUAAAGGCUA